AGGGUCAUUGGGGACAUCAUCCUCAAUCAUGCAUCAUUCUCCCUCCCGUUUGUUCUGUUGGCAUCCCAGCAACCGUAAUACGCUUUUCCAACGAACUCAACCCCCAUGAGCACACAUGAGCAUGGUGCCCAGUCCGGCAGCAAGGCUCUAGGUCCAACGCCGCUAUUGAGCGGUGCAGCUAACCAAGCUAAGCAGCUGAAGUCGCGCUUCAACUCGUGGGAAAGGUUUUGUGAAGCACAUCCACAGGCGCGCGUCGCCAUCGCCGUUCAGUCAGGCUACUCCCACGAGAUCAAGUUCUUUUGCCAUUCCAUCGUGUUCUGGGAGGAGUUCAAGGACUUCUUCACUGAGCGGUGCGCCGCCGCCGGCAGCCGCUCCGAGCGGUCGCGGCUGAAGGGCGAGCUGGGCAAAGCAGGCAUUGAUUUCAGCAAGUUUCUGGCUUUGGCAAUAGACCUGUGGAAGGCAGAAGGUGUUAUCUCUCAGUUACAGGCAGAUGUCAUGAUCAAGCUGGCAACGGGCACUGCAUUCGACACGGAUGGCUGCGCAGCGCUGACCGCGGUGGGUGCCAGAAGGAAGGUUGCAGGCAUGGCGCGCCCCUCCAGCACGGUAGCCCCGACUCGCACCACGCCAGCGACAUCUCAUGAAGCAGACGAUGAGCCAGGUGAUUUCACGUCGCCCCUUCGGCAAGCAGCGGCGGGUACCGCUGCAGCUGUUGAAGAGGCGGAGCAGGAGGCGAGCGACUCCUCAGAGCUGCCAAUCACACGGCGGCUGAGCCAGAAGCGAUCCCGCCAGCGACUGGAUGACGACAGCGACGACGAGCCAUCUACUGCAGCGGCCGUGGCAGCAAGCUACCCUGCAAACAAGCGGGCCCGUAGAACCCGCAACCCUACCGAGAAGAUGGCAGAGAGCCUCCAGCAAGCUACACAGCUCAGUUGCAGCAAGCGGAACUGCCUGACAAGCUCCACAUCAAGCAGCUUGGUGUUAUUGACUGGCGCAGUCGGCACACAGCUGAUCUGGAGAGGGUGCACGGUGAUAAUGGGGCGCCCAUGCGUCUUGCACUCCCAUACCGGCAACCUGGUGUUCAUCGCUGUGAUUUCGGCGGUGACAGCCACCAAGCUCAACACAGGCCCUGAGUGCUAUCUCAACCUGCUGCCAGGCCAAGUAUGCGACUUUGUGUACGUCUCCUCCGGCAUGUGUGGCCUCUUCGCCCUUAUCGUUGCACUCGGCGCUUUCAUCUCCCUGCGCUCAAGUGCCAACUCCGCGGCCGGCUUUCUGCCCUCCAUCUACGGAUCGCUGUCGCUGUUCACCGCCUUCUGGUGGAUGGUGGCCGCCAUCACCUUCACCAAGCGCGGGCAGCAGGCAGACGACGACGGGCUUGAGUAUGGCAGCGCCCGCACCACCGUCAUCGCCCUGUUGUGGAUCGAGGCCGUGCUUGCAUUCCUCAGCUUUGCGCUGGUGGUCUACGAUCGGGUGCUGUUCCGCCGCUUCCGGCUCACCGUCAGUAAGACCAAGUCGCUGCUGGACCUGGAGGACCAGGCGGAGUUCAAGAAGGCCUACGUGCACACUCAGGCGCUUGGCGCCACGCCGGUGGUGUGA